AUGUUGGAUCAAUUAUUGAAUAAUAUGUCUAAUUAUACAAAUCUAUAUUUCAUUAUUAAUAAUCAUACUACUACUACUAAUACUACUCCGUCUUCUCCUCAUUCUUCUCCUCCUUCUCAUCCAACUACGACGACUACUACUACUACGACGACAACAACAACGAAUCCUACUACUAAUCAUACUACUUAUAUCAUCCCUAUUACAUUAACUAAACAAAAUGAAAUAGAUUUAGAAUAUUUAGAUCAUAUAUUAUCUAUAAUGCGUUUAAUAUGUGGUAAAAUUUUAACCCCCUUAUUAUGUUUAAUUGGAUUUAUAUCCAAUAUUAUUAAUAUUAUUAUAUUAACAAGAGAAUGGAUGAGUUCAUCAACUAAUAUCUAUUUAACUGCUGUAUCUAUAUGUGAUUUAUUAUAUUUAUUAUUUACUUAUUUAUUUUCAUUAUGGUUAUAUCCAUCUAUUCAACAAUUAACUUUAUAUGCAUAUAGUAUCACAUAUAUACAUGGUACUGCUAAUUUAUUUAGUAAUAUUACUACAUGGCUUACAGUAAGUUUUACAUUAGAACGUUAUAUUGUUAUAUCAUCACCUAUAUUAGGUAAACGUUAUUGUACUAAACAACGUGCACGUUAUGUUAUUAUUAUUAUAUUUAUUAUAUGUUUUUUAAUAACAUUACCAGAUUAUUUAAAAAAAACCAUCAAAUAUAAUCAUACUACUUAUAAUACUACUCAUAAUAAUAGUAAUCAUCAUUAUCAUCAUAAUCAAUUAAUCAAUAAUUCAACCAAUAUAACAAUCAAUAAUAAUAAUAAUCAUCAUCAUAAUAAUAAUAAUCAAUAUUUAGUUGUUGAUACACAAAUCAAUAUCAUUUUAAUUAAAAUUGGUUAUGAUUAUAUUAAUCAAAUUAUAUUUAUUAUAUUACCAAUGAUAUUAUUAAUUAUAUUUAAUAGUUUAUUAAUAAGAUCUGUGAUGAAAGCUAAUUAUGAUCGAAGAAUAUUGAUCAAACAAGGUAAUAAUAAUAAUAAUAAUUGUAUACCAUCGAUCAAUAUUAUAAAUGAUCCGAAAAAUAUUGAUUUAUUACCGAAUAGUAAUACUCCUAAUGAUAAUAAUGAUAAUGAUAAUAAUAAUAAUAAUAAUAAUAAUAAUAAUAAUAAUAAUGGACGUCAAUAUAGUAUGGUUCAAUUAAAUCAAGAAGCUACAACAAGUCAUAAUGUACCAGCAAUUGUACGUGAUGCAUUAGAAGCAAGUAUGAGAACAACAAUUGGUAUCACAUCUAGUAUAACACAAUCAUAUCGAUCAAUGAAUUAUCAAACAAAUUUAUUACCAAUUAUGAAUAUUAAAAAAGGUACAAAAUUAGGUGAACAACAUCGUAUUACAUUAAUGUUAAUUACAAUUGUUAUAGCAUUUGUAUUAUUACAAUUACCAAGUAUGGUACCAACAAUAAUAAUGAAUUUAUGGAAUACUGGUAUAAUACAAUCAACACAAUAUACAACUAAGUGCCUAUUAAUUUAUGCGAAUAUAUCAAAUGUAUUAUUAAUUAUUAAUGCUGCAUUAAAUUUUGUAUUUUAUUCAUUAUUUUCAGCAAGAUUUCGUCAAACAUGUUAUAUACUAUUGAAAAAUAUUACUUGUUUAAAACAUUUUUUAUAUCAAUAA